AUGAACCAUAUACGGAAGGUCGGUGAUUACCGGUACAUCAUGUGUGUCAUAGGGGGCAAGGAAUCCUCCCUCAGGUUCAGAGGCAUUAUUCUGGUGAGUCGGUCGCACUCCCGUGCAAAGGAACCUGGCAUACCAUCCUGCUGCUACAUAGGUAGUGUCUCGCCCUCCAUGUUUGCCCGAAUGAUGAUUGGCGCGGUUGGCUGGGGUACAUGUUCCGAUAUAAUGGGACGCACUACAGUGGAUAAUGCUAAUCUCUUCUUUACCGCCGUCUUGGCUUUCUCGCCUCCUUGUCCAACUCCUGUGGCACGUUAUGCGUAG